CGCACUGCAGUGAGCGCGCAUGCCGGGAGCACGCAAAGGGGAGCGUGUGUCGUUCUGUGAGCGUGCGCGGCGGGAGCGCGCAUAUGGGGAGUGUGCGCAGUCUGGUCCAUAGGCUCGGGGCGCAGGGGGACGAAGUGCAAUCGGGAAUCGGGAGGAUGAUGGCUGCCGGCGCACUGCUCGCUCUCUUGCUGCUGGUGGCAGCGCCCGCCCGGGCCGCCUAUGUCGAGGCAUUAGCAGCCAAUACUGGAGCUGGAUUUGCAGUGGCGGAACCACAGAUCGCUAUGUUUUGUGGGAAGCUAAAUAUGCAUGUCAAUAUUCAGACUGGAAAAUGGGAGCCUGAUCCUUCAGGGACCAAAAGCUGCUUAGAAACCAAGGAAGAGAUUCUGCAGUAUUGUCGAGAGGUUUAUUCAGAGCUUCAAAUUACUAAUGUGGUGGAAGCGAAUCAACCAAUCAGCAUUGAGAACUGGUGUAAAAAGGGAAAGAAACGAUGUCGAGGUCAUACUCAUCUGGUGAUUCCUGUUAAAUGCCUGGUGGGCGAGUUUGUGAGCGACGUGCUACUGGUCCCAGAAAAAUGCAGGUUCUUCCACAAAAAACGAAUGGAUGAAUGUCGGAGUCAUCAACACUGGCAGACUGUUGCCAAAGCGGCUUGUGCUGCUGAGUCUAUGAUUCUCCAUACCUAUGGAAUGUUGCUUCCUUGUGGCAUCGACAAGUUUCAUGGUACCGAGUACGUUUGCUGCCCUCAAAACAAAAUAGAUGAUGUGAACUUUGAAAAUUCUGACCUUCAGAAUCCGGAUGAAGAUGAGGAGGACGAAAUUGCUGAUGCAAGCAAAGAGGAGUCCACUGAAGUAGAGAAAAUGGCUAUUGAAGAGGAGGAGCCGGUGGAUGAACUGGAUUAUGACUAUUCUGAAGAAGAUGAAGAUGAAUACACUGAUGACUGGGAGGAGGAAAGCAGUGAGGAAGAUUUGUACAAAAAGAAUCUUGUCAAUGAUGUGAAAGUUGUCUGCUCACAGGAGGCUAUGACUGGCCCCUGUCGGGCCAUGAUGCCUCGCUGGUAUUUCAACAUCAACAAGAAGAAAUGUGUUUGGUUCGUCUACGGAGGUUGUGGAGGCAACAGAAACAAUUUUGAGUCCGAGGAGUACUGUAUGGCUGUGUGUAAACAAAUGAUUCUGUCAACCCCUCAACCAACAGAUGAGGUGGAUGUUUAUUUUGAGACACCUGCAGAUGAAAAUGAACAUGCUCGUUUCGCGAAGGCUAAACAGCAACUGGAGGUCCGACAUCGUGACCGUAUGGAUAAGGUAAGAGAAGAGUGGGAAGAAGCUGAACGACAAGCAAAGAACCUGCCAAAAGCAGAGAGACAGCUGUUGGUUCAGCAUUUCCAGAACAUGGUUGAGGCUCUGGAGGAAGAGGCAGCCACUGAGAAGCUGCAGUUGGUUGAGACUCAUCUUGCUCGAGUUGAGGCCUUGCUAAACGACCGUCGUCGUGUUGCUUUGGAGAACUACCUAUCUGCAUUACAGGCAGAUCCACCACGUCCUCACCGUAUCCUGCAGGCCCUGAAGCGUUAUAUCCGUGCAGAGCAGAAGGAUCGGCAGCAUACUCUUGGACAUUACCAGCAUGUCAUGGCUGUAGAUCCAGAGAAAGCAGCACAGAUGAAAUCUCAAGUGGUGACCCACCUCCAUGUUAUUGAGGAGCGGAUGAACCAGAGCCUCUCCCUGCUUUACCAGGUGCCGUUUGUUGCUGAGGAAAUCCAAGAUGAGAUUGAUGAGCUACUCCAGGAGCAACACUUUGGUAUGGAUCAACUUGCUUCCAGCUCUGAAAGCCAAACUGCUUUUGAUUCUGUAGAGGCGCCAUUCAUUGAUGGCAAACCAUUCCGGCCUUUUCAGGUUAAGACCAUGCCUGCUAUCACUGAUGUACAAGGCACAGUGCCGGACUCAUGGCCAGCAACUAAGAAAGGUUCUGGGAUGAUUGAUCCUGAAGGACUGGUGCCUGACGAGAAUGCAAUCGGCAGCAAUGAGAACAAUGUUAAUGGGAAUGUGGUGAUUGACGAGAGCUUUGACGUGAAAGAAAUGAUUUUCAAUGCAGAACGAGUCAGUGGUGGAGACGAUGACAUGGACACGGAUGGGAAUUUGCAAGAUGGCUUCAGCUUAAGUAGCAGUGCUCUUAUUGGAAUGCUGGUGAUUGCAGUUGCUGUAGCCACAGUAAUUGUCAUCAGCUUGGUGAUGCUACGCAAGAGGCAAUAUGGUACCAUCAGCCAUGGAAUUGUAGAGGUUGAUCCCAUGUUGACCCCAGAGGAGCGCCACCUGAACAAGAUGCAAAACCAUGGGUAUGAAAACCCAACCUACAAGUAUCUGGAGCAGAUGCAGAUCUAACACCAGAUGAUAAAUUGGGCCAAACACAGCACAUUCAGCCAAUCUUCCAACUACUGAUCUAUAACAUUAGAGGUCUCCAUUUCACAUACACAAUUCAGAGUGUAAAACACUUAUUACUGUAGAUUGUAAGAUUCCCAUUCUUUUAAAUGGGCUUGAAAUGUAAUACACAAUAUAUAUGAUGUAUAAUCGUAAGAAAAUCUAUUACCUGAUGAGAACUAUGAUAUAGUUGUUUCCUUUUUAAAAUUAUUUUAAAUCAGUUUUAUUUGUGUGUCACAAAGAUCUAUAUAUAGAGGCUGUAGAUUUCUACCUAAUGGAGCACCGUAUAUGAAGGGGAUUUGUACUGAUUUAUCUCAUGGAACCUGCAGGAUUUUUUGCUGUAAACUACAUUUAAAUGGUUAACACUGUGAUAGGCAGCUGAAACCAGGAGGUGAUGAUUCCAUUUUUCAUUGUGCGUCUGUGUGAUUGUAAAUUCACGUCGCAUUUCCUGAGGUUCUGGAAACCUGUGGCUCGUUUCCCCUGCACAUUCCUUAUUUGUUCUGUCAAACUAUGCACAUUUUUCAGUUGUAUUACUGCGGUAGCUUUAAAUUGCAGGGCUACUGAGCGCAAACUCAUCAAUAAACACUACUUCCAGAAA